CAAUGUUUAUAUUUCAGUUGGAUUUUUACAAUCCAGUGAAUAAAUAACUAGAUAGGUCAAUAUAAUAAUAUUGUUUAUCUUUCACUUAUAUUUUUUUAUGGUUCAGUGAUAAUAGAUAAGAGAUUGAUGGAAGUGUUAUAUAAAUUAUAUUCAAGCAUAUUUAGAACUUAGGUUUUGAGAUUCUCCUCAAUAAGUAAUUUAACUCUUAACAUUAAUCAUUAUGGCUCAAGAUUGCAGUGGUAACUGUGUCAAACAAAAUAAGGUUUUCGACGAUUAUGAAACUUAUCUUACACAAUACCUUCAAGACGUGGGUAAUUUAGCACUGCUACUAGAUUAUGAUGGUACAUUGACUCCUAUUGUGGCGCACCCUGAUUUAGCUAAAAUACCUCCGGAAACCAAAAAAUUGUUAGAAGAAUUAGCGUCGGUACCUAAUAUCUUUUUGGCCAUCAUUUCAGGACGAAAUCCAGAUAAUGUGAAACAAAUGGUGGGCUUGGAAAACAUAGUAUAUGCAGGUAAUCACGGCCUGGAAGUCCUUUAUCCUGACGGAAAAAGAUACAAUCAUCAGCUUCCAACCGAAUUUGGGGAACAAGUAAAACAGUUGCUUACUAAUCUGGAAAAAUCAGUAGUAAAAGAUGGUGCGUGGAUUGAAAAUAAGGGAGCGUCUUUGACGUUUCAUUUUAGAGCUGUGCCUCCGGAAAAAGUUUCGAAUAUUGAAAAAACUGCUAGGGAAAUAAUCGAACAAUCUGGUUUCAAGGUUAAUGAUGCCCAUAUGGCUUUGGAAGCCAGACCAAAAGUCGAGUGGAACAAGGGCAGUAUCGCUUUACUUCUGUUAGAUCAAAAAUUUGGAAAGGAUAAAUGGCAAGGUACCGUUAGAGUCAUUUUUGCUGGCGAUGAUACAACAGAUGAAGAUGCCAUGAAGGCACUUAAAGGCCAUGCUGCAACAUUUAGAAUAGCAACAGAUCAGAACAUUAAAACUAGUGCUGAAAAGUUGCUUUCUUCAACUAAUUCUGUGAUUGACAUAUUACGAAUAAUUAAAAAGAUUUAUAAAAAGUGAAUAUUAGUAUAUAUGAAUAUUGUCAGGUUUAAAUAUGUAUAAUAGAGUAGAUAUUUUUUAA